UUCUCAUGCUGUGGAAAUCAGCUUUAUAUAUUAAAUCUGCUUGUGAUCAUUGGACCCCCAACUUCCUGGAGGGGGGAAUUUCAUAAAAUUAAUGCUAACCCCCCAACUAUUCCAUAAUUAUGCCAUCCAAUUUAAUAUGCAUUUCCUCUAGCUCCCUAUAAAAUUAGCCCACAAUUCUAAGUAUCAGCUUUUUGAAGUUUCUAAAGAAUUGUUCACUUAGAAAAUCUAUGUUACAAAUGGCCCAAACUAAACAAGAACCCUCAGAGCCAUGCAGUCUCAGAGCAAAUAAAACACAGUGUCCUGACAAUGACGAAGAGUUUGUCAGUGAAGUACCAUUACAGACCUCAGUUCAGGCCACUGAUGACGGUCGGCCAUCAGCUGCUGUAUAUCCCUCUCUGAGACAACCCAUCACAGAGUGCCCUCACCUCAACCCUCAUGCACUGGUUGUGCAGUCACUGGGAAACAGUACCUCUAUGCAACUAGUGGACUCAUCUGAGCAAUUUGUAUCUCAUGAUGAUUGUCUUCCUUCUCCGGACACUGAUUUCCCAUUGUCUGUGGAGGAGAGUCAGGAAGGAAUCUCAGGAACUAGUAGGAUUGUGGUCUCCACUGGUAGCUUUAGCUUCAUCUAUGAGCAAGUAAAGUCUCAAGAGAAGCAUGUUUGGAUCUCAGAAGACCAAAUGCACCCUAGCACAACAGACCCACCAAUGGAGGACCAACCAUCUCCACCCAAGCAUACCUGCACAGGAGAGCUUGAGUUAAAGGCUGUCACUCCCAACAGCACAGUGAUAUGGAAGAUUCCCGACAUCACCAGACAAAGGAGUGAGGCUAUUGAAGGGAAGACACAGUGUCUAUACAGUCCAUACUUCCAUACUGAAUGUGGCUGCAAGGUUUAUCUGAGAAUGUACCUCAAUGGAGAUGGCACGGGGAAGGGAACUCACAUCUCCUUGUUCAUUGAUUGUGACAGUCUAUUGAAAUCGCCAUUCAAACGGAAGAUAUCACUCACUCUGAUUGACCGGAAACAAAUAAAACAUCCCAUCUCUGUCCAACUGGACAACUCAGAAAUGAACAUUGUAUCCGGCUUUCCGAAGUUUGCUAAGCAAAAUGUUCUUGACUCAAAUUCGUACCUAUAUAAUGAUUGCAUGUAUCUAAAGUGUAGUGCAGCAACUAGUUAGUUUGAGUGUUUUUUCAUAAGAAUUAUGUCUCGUAGAUUAUUAUUGGUUCUGUCAUGUGAUCCAUAAUGACAAUAUUAUUUUGGAUGGGGUCA